CAUUGUAUAUAAAGAGCCCCUUGGCUGAGUCGUUUCUUCAAGUAUUGAUUCAAACCCCAUUCUCUUAUUGAAGUGAGAGUUAUUAUCUUUCCAUUAUUCUAAUUAAGAUGAGCAGGCCAGGAGAUUGGAACUGCAGGUCAUGCCAGCACCUCAACUUCCAAAGGAGGGAUUCGUGCCAACGUUGUGGGGAAUUACGUUCAGCUGAUCAUUUCGGCGGCUUCGGCGGUGGGAGGGGUGGCUCCUCCUUUGGGUUCACCACCGGCUCCGACGUCCGACCAGGUGACUGGUACUGCACUGCGGGGAACUGUGGAACCCACAACUUUGCUAGCCGUUCUAGCUGCUUCAAAUGCGGUGCAUUAAAGGACGACUCUGCCGGAGGGUUUGAUUGUGAGGUUCCGCGUUCUAGAGGAGUCGGUAGCGGUAAUCGAUCCGGGUGGAAAUCCGGCGACUGGAUAUGUACCAGGUCGGGAUGCAAUGAGCACAACUUUGCAAGCCGAAUGGAAUGUUUCAGAUGCAGUGCUCCAAGGGGCUUCAGCAACAGAACUUCCUACUAAAAGCAUGCUAUCAAGUUUUGGGUGUUGCAAACCAAGAGAGAUUAUUAUUAAUUGCUGUUUUCCUUUCUCUUUAUUAUAUUGCUUUGGGGUUUGCUGGAAUUCCUAAAGGGUGAAGAAAACAUGGUGUAAAUGCCCUUUGUUUUGAUCACCACUUGAAGCCAUUUUCCCAUGUUUCCCCCCAUAAGAGUUACAACCGUGUACUACUUU